GAACACUUCGGUUGGUCCGAAGUUGUGGGGGGGAUCAUCUUAUAUUCGGAUGUGACGCACAUGAGCAUCAACGGCCGGAAGAAGGCGUGGCCGCUCAUGAUGACGCUGGCCAACAUCUCCGAGGCCAAGCGAUGGGGGAAAGCCGGGCACACACUACUUGCCCUCCUUCCUAUCCCCCCGUCUGCAAUGUCUGCCGUGGAGAAGGUGAUGCUCUUCCAGCGUUGCGUCAUCACCGUGCUGCAGCCGCUUCUUGAUGGCAUUGCCAGCGGGUUCCGUCUCAGGGACCCUUUCGGUGAUUGGCAAACCGUGCGGCCCCUGCUGUACGCCUGGGUGUGCGACUACCCCGAGAGCGGCAAGAUCAGUUGCACACUCUUGCAUGGAUCGCGGAUGCCGUGCAGCAUCUGCUAUGCUGCAAAGGAGCAUCUGAGUGCUGUCAAGGCACGGAACACGCCGCGCACGCCUGAACAGCAGCAAUGGAUCAUAAACGAGGCGGCUGGGACGACAACUAGCCAGGCUGACCCGUGCAAGGCCUACUCUACCUACCCUGUUGAGUGCGUGCUCUGGAAGUGGGAUGUCCCAGGGACCGCGUGGGGCAAUCCCUACCUCGUGGUGAUGCCUGACAUCAUGCACCAGGCGGACUUGGGCAUCAUGAGCCACAUUGUGGCUGUCGUGCGCAAGAUGAAGAAGCGGCGUGUGAAGCAGAUAAACAGGCGCCUAUCUCUCAUUCGCGACCGCACGCGCCUGAAUCACAUGCGCCUGCCGGAGAGCGCCUACUUCGAGACCGGAGCAUGUGUGGCGGCCUAUGAGCACAGGGCCGUCAUGCAG